UGUCAUUAUAAUUGUAAUUCAGAAACUCCAAUUAUCACACAAAAAUGACUAAAUCCAUCAUUUCUGCUUUCUUCAUCAUUCUUAUUCUAGGGAUGAUGGUGAAUGAAAUUGAAGGGCAACAACAACAACAACGUUGUGAGGAGGCUUUAACCGAAAUAGAUUGUGGUGCUGGCAAUUGUAAUGCUCUAUGCCUACAGAAACGGAAGGGAUUGGGCCGAUGCGUCCAAAGAACACCUUGCGAUAAAUUAAAAUGCAUGUGUUAUUAUCCUUGUAGUUCUUGAAUUUAAAAUUUUCUUUUCCUAUCUAUUAAUUAUCAUUAACUAAUUAAUAAAAU